AUGGACGCCGAUACUAUUCCUUCUACAGGAAAUGAGAGAGUAGUUUUCGUGAAAAGACCAGGAGAGAACGCUCCACCGUCCUCCGAUUGUUUCCGAUGUGAGCCUUGUCAUGUCCCGCAAGUCACUGAGUUAAAGCCUGGACAAUGCAUAGUACGUACCUUAUAUCUUUCCGUGGACCCCGCUCAGCGAUGUAGAAUGAAUCCUAGUACCGGCGUUGAUUAUCUAGCUCCUUAUGAACCGGGAGAGUUAGUCGAUGGUCUCGAAGGUAUUGGGAUUGUAGAGACUGCUUCAUCUGAUUGUGUAUUGAAUGCGGGUGAUAUUGUAACUUCAUGUGCUCAUUUGUGGCCUUGGACGAGAAAGUUCAUCGCCGAUUCUUCCGAUCUUGUUAAGGUUCACUUACCUUCUGGAUUUUCCCCUUCGGUCAUAUUAUCAUGUGCUGGAAUUUCAGGAAUGACAGCGCUUGUAGGAAUUCGUAAAAAAGCUUUGAUUGAUAGGACAAAACCUCAAACAAUUGUAAUUUCUGCUGCUGCUGGAAGUUGCGGGGUGUUAGCCGGACAAAUAGCUAGGUUAGAGGGCUGUACGAAAGUUAUUGGAAUUUGUGGCUCAGAAGCUAAAUGUAAAGUCUUAGUUGAUGAGCUUCAAUUCGAUGCAGCUAUCAACUAUAAAGGAGAAGCGAUUGGCGAGAAGUUGAGUGUGUUAGCUCCUGAAGGCGUAGAUAUUUAUUGGGAUAAUGUAGGAGGCUUUAUUAGUGAUGCAGUUAUUCAAAAGAUGAACGAUGAUGGCCGUAUAGUCUUGUGCGGACAAAUAGCCGUUUAUAACACAGAUUUACCCUAUCCUCCACCUAUACCACCAGAAACUAUAAAAAUUAUUAAUGAGAAAAGAAUUUUAAGGGAACGGUACUUGUGUUUGGCUUAUAAAGAAGAAAUGGAUAGUGCAGUUGCCCAACUUUCUUUAUGGCUUCAGGAAGGCAAACUGAAGGUUCGGGAAACUAUAUAUACUGGUUUAUCUGCUGCUCCAUUAGCCUUUGUAGACAUGAUGGCUGGUAAAAAUAUCGGGAAAAUGAUGAUGGAGGUUUUGAAUGAUCGAGUCACUCUUCUAUCAAACUAUGAGGUUUUGACCCUUCUUCAAGAAACGAAGAAAAUGGAGGAUAAGAAGAACAAAGGAAAGUGUCAAUCGUUAGGAACUGUUCUUUUCGAGACUUCUAAGUACUUGCGAACAACGCCUUGUGCGACUCAAACUCCUGAGUGUAUCGCUACUCUAAUUAGAGAAAUGACCAAGUUUAAUUUGACUGCUGCUGAAAUAAUGCAGAUAAUAAACUUGAGGCCGACAACUGCUACUGAGGUUCAAUUGUUGGUUGAAGAAUCGGAAGAACGAUUUAAGACGGAAGAACAGUUGAACAACAUCGUAAAGAUAAUAACUGAAACGCUACCACCUCCGGCUCAGAACCAGGAGUCUUCAUGA